ACAGAGGACUCGGCCGAUCUCUUCCACAGUCUCCAAUUCCACCGAGAGAAGACCCAUUCCAAACAAGCUCGAGUCCGAGACGAGACCGAGACCGGACUAGAGUACUACAGCACUACUAUAAAUGCACAGAGAGCUAUCCACGCUCCAUCACGGGUUACCGACCGAGUGCUGGAGCUGUUCAGGAGCAAGAGCGAGUUCACCUUCGUGGCCUCCAUCCAGCAGAAAGCGUCCACCUCCGGAGUGCUCUUCUCCAUCCACGAGGCCGAGCACAGUUAUUUUGAGCUGGAGAGCAGCGGCCUUCGGGAGGAAAUCCGCUACCAUUACCGCCACAACGGAAAACCGCGCUCAGAGACCUUCCCGUACAGACUGGCCGACGGUCAGUGGCACAAAAUCGCCCUGACCAUCAGCGCCUCUCACCUGCUGCUCCAUGUGGACUGUAACAGGAUAUAUGAGAGAGUGAUAGACCCUCCUCAGAUGGACUUGACUGCAGGCAGUGGGGUUUGGCUCGGGCAGCACAGUCACAGGCAUGGCCUCUUUAAGGGCAUCAUGCAAGAUGUCAAAUUUGUUUUCGCACCGAAUGGUUACAUCAUGCAGUGUCCCAACCUCAAUCGCACUUGCCCGACCUGCAGUGAUUUCCUCAGCCUGGUGCAGGGCAUCAUGGACCUGCAGGAGCUUCUGGCCAAAAUGACCUUAAAGUUGAACUAUGCAGAGUCCAGGCUGAGUCAGUUGGAGGGGUGUCACUGUGAGCGGACCUGCAGCGUGAACACCGUGGUUUAUCGUGAUAAAGAGAUCUGGACGGAACCAGAGAACUGCAGAACCUGCUCCUGCAUGAACGGAGUGGUUGAGUGUCGGAGAAUAUUCUGUCCACCUGCCAACUGUUCUGAGGAGUUCCUGCCUGUGCAUGUGGAGGGGAUGUGCUGUAAGAAGUGCAGACCUAAAUGCUCCUACCUGGACCGGACGCUCUCGGAAGGUCAGCGCACUCUGCUGCAGGGCUGCAAAGAAUGCAAGAAUGGUCUGAUGGUUCCAGUGACAGAAAGCUGCCCAAGUCUUAACUGCUCAGUGAAGGAGCAGAUUUUGCCGGAGAACAGGUGUUGCAACGUCUGCAGAGGUCAUGAUUUCUGUGCGGAGGGAAUGAUCUGUGGAGAAAACUCUGUUUGCAAAAACUGGAAUAACAAGGCGGAGUGCGAGUGCAAGAGCGGGUACGCAUCGAUCCACGGGGACUCCACGUACUGCGAAGAUAUAGAUGAGUGUUCCACACAGAUGCAUUACUGCCAGACCAACACAGUGUGUGUGAACCUGCCGGGUGGGCACCGCUGUGACUGCCUGCCAGGAUUCACCAGAGUGGAUGACUUCUCUUGCACAGAGCAUGAUGAGUGUGCCGGUGGGCAGAGCCUGUGUGAUGAAAGCGCCAUCUGCACCAACACCAUCCACGGACACCUGUGCACCUGCAAACCAGGUUACCUGGGUAACGGCACCAUCUGCAGAGCGUUCUGUGAGGAGGGCUGUCGCAGUGGGGGGACGUGUGUAUCCCCCAACACCUGUGUGUGUCCAUCAGGCUUUACAGGACGUCUCUGUGAGACAGACAUUGAUGAGUGUGCUGAAGGUUUGAUUCAGUGCCAUAACAGCUCACGCUGUGUGAACCUGCCCGGCUGGUACCACUGCCAGUGUCGCAGCGGUUUCCACGACAACGGAUCUUACCUGCUCGAUGGGAGCUCGUGUGUGGAUGUAGAUGAGUGUGCGACACAGACACACACAUGCUGGAAUGACUCUGUGUGUGUGAACCUGCUGGGAGCGUUUGACUGUGUGUGCAUCGCCGGCCCAGAAUGCACUGGGGACUGUGUUCAGGAUGACGGUCUGAAACAUAACGGGCAGGAGUGGAACCUUAACCAGGAUACCUGCUCAGUCUGCACCUGCAAGGAUGGACGGGUGUUCUGCAGGAGGAGAGAGUGUGAGUGUGAUGACCCAGCGGUGGAUCUGCUCUGUUGUCCGGAGUGUGACACGCGUCAGAGCAGCCAGUGUUUACACCAGAGUGGACACACACUGUACCGCAGCGGAGACUCCUGGGUUUAUAACUGCCAGCAGUGCAGAUGCCUGGAGGGUGAGGUGGACUGCUGGCCCUUGUCGUGUCCGGUGUUGCCGUGUGAGUACACGGCGGUGUUGGACGGAGAGUGCUGCCCCCGCUGUGUUUCUGACCCCUGCCUGGCCGAUAACUUUGCCUUUGACAUUAGGCAGACGUGCCGUGACCCAAUGGGCAUCACCCGCCUGAGCGGCGCCGUCUGGACCACGCCUGCUGCCCCCUGCACCACCUGCACAUGCAAGAACGGCAGCAUCUGCUGCUCAGUGGAGCUGGACUGCCUCCAGAACAACUAGCCAGCAUUUCCUGCUCUUUUUUUGUUUUAUUUUUUAUUGGAUCGCUUCGUACCUCCUGGACUCUACGGAUUAUCAGAAGCCUCGGGAGAAUUAUUUAAUUUUUUCUCCCCUCCAAUCCCACUCUUAGCUCCAAGAUUACCCCAAAUCCCUCCUUAUCCGCAUUGUUUUUUUUUUGUUGCGUUUUUGUUUUUUCCUCCCAUUUUGAACCGUUUCUUUUGAAGCACAUGGGGACAGACUUUUGCCAAAGGCUUUGCGGGAGCAGAGGCAGUGGCCUUUGAACUAAAUCACUAAGACUGAAGAGAAAUCUUAUUAUGCCAGGAGUCCCACAGGCAUCCACGCCACUCUCCACGUCUGUGUGUGUAUGUGUGUGUGUGUGUGUGUGUGUGUGUGUGUGUGUAUGUUGUGUCCUAAAAUCAGGGACAUGGCUCUCUGCACAAGCCGAGCAGCACUGUUGGACUGUGAACUGUCAGUGAGAUUUGUACAAUAGCCAUCGUCUCGUCCAAAACAAAGCAGUAUGUUUUUCACUUGUUCAUUGUUUGGUGGUGUACUGGAUUAUUACUGCAUUAUUUCUGAACAAUGCAACACGUUCCCAUAUUCACACUUCACCUGAUCACCUGAUCACCUGAGUCAGCACAGAGUUUACCCAGAGAAGUCGAGCGGUAUUGUAUUGUAUUGUUUUGUAAUACGUUAUUUCAUCAUGUCCUAACAUAAUAACAACUGGUAUUUUCCUGAUUCUGGGUAAUGUGAUCAUAAAGUGAUCAUAAGAGUGCAGUAUAAAGUGUGAACAGGUGUGAACGGGAUACAGUGCAUCUAAAGGAGCAUCGUAAUCUAAUCACUCAAACGAGGGUUUUAGAAAGACAUAUGAGCAGAUUAUUAUUACUGUAAUGUGAACACCAAAUCAUCUCAAUACAUCCCAGAUAGUAAAGCUCCGCCCACAUUAACCACUUGAUUACAUGCAGUAAUGAAGCAGUGACUUUAGUAAGUCAAAUUAGGGACGAGUCUUAGGGAGUUUCAAUACAAAUAUUGAAGUCUGACACCAUGUAUCGAUAAUGUUUGCAUACAAAAAUAUUAUGAUAUAUCGCAAUAUCGAUAUUUUGUCCCAACCUUACAGAUUACCCAGGAUGCAUGUCAAUGCCAGAUGUGAACAGGGCAUAAGAGAGGGGACAGAACCAUGAAACCAUGAAGCUUAUUUUAUAGCACCUCUUAGAAUGCACCAUCACAUUAGAAUGUUCACUUUCACACAGUUUCUCCACCUAUUUCACUCAAACCAGCAGUCAGAGAGAAUUCAGGUGAAUUGGUGAGUAAAAACCGUAACUUCUCAGAGUUUAAACAGGUAAAAUACUGAAGCCUGAGGGCGAGGGGGCGGCGCAGAACUGAGGGAAAGAGCAGGUACGUUCCUGACGGCCCGCUAAACCCAGAGGUGUUUCGCUAAUUGUCGAUGCUAAGACUGUGGGAGUGAGGACAGACAAGGUUUCCAGAGCGUUAGCAUUAGCAUAUCCCUGACUGAUAACAGUGUGACGGGCGCAGGCGACUGAAGGAGGCAUAAUUAAAGGCGCCUCACGCAGACGAUGGAGGCUUUUAUAUGCCAACAGUUCACAGGAGGUCAGCGCUGUUUGCUUAUUGGAAAGCUCAUUAAGAACCAGAAGCAGCGGCCUGCGGGACGGCGCUACUUCCUCCCGCUCAUUCAGACACCCUGCGCUCACCCUCAUGCCUCGUUUCUGCACAGCACCUGGACUUUCCAACUUAAAAGACUUUUGACACUAAGUACUGCACACAAUGAUCUAGUAGUAAAAUCUAGUCAGUACUUCUAAUAUUUCUGAAUAAAUAUUAUUGGAUUAUUAGAUAUUAAGAUUAAUUAUUGGACUUAAUGCAGAACAUUGUUAUUUUCUGAGCUAAAAUUAUAUGGGAGAAAAAAUUGGCCAUUUACAAAUAAUGCUUAAAUGAUUAAAUUAAAAUAUAUCAUUGAGAUAAGAAUUAUGUCCAAUGUAAGCAAAAGUGUCUAGACAUUGUUUAGAGAAACUAUGACAAAAAUGAAAUAUACUGAGCACAUUCAGAUAUUUUUUACAACACACUUAUCUAUUAUCUAUCAUAUCAGCACACUUUUAUUAUGAUAAAUAUUCAUUUUGUAGGAUUUUUAAUUUAGAGAAUUUUCCUGUACAUGCUGAUAAAAUACAGUUAAUUCUCACGAGAAGCUGAAGCGCACAAUUCACCACAGUUUUAAACCUGCAUUCAGAGUUUUAUUGAAAUUGUAAGCGACAAUUGUGAUGUGCUAAGCUGGAUGUUCUUCUCGCUAGCUAGCCAAGUUAACAUUAUACAUUACUAAAAAAAGACAUUUACACCUGAAAUAUUUUCUGUUUUUGCCAACAUCAUGGUUGAAAUAAAUGUCUUAAGAGACGCACUGAAUAUUUUGCAACUUGGAAACAUUUGAAAAAUAUAUGUAUUUUGGUGUUUGGUAUAAUUUACACCAAAUAAUGUAUACCAAACAAUGACUCAUUUAUUUUAGGUCUUAUUGCUGUGCUUCCUCUACAGUUUCUUUCAACGUUCUUUCAGUGGCAGCCCUUUCAGGAAACAACACAAAGCCAAAAAGAUGGCUUAAUAUGAAAAAAGAACAGGAGGGGGGCCGAGUGAAGACUGAGCUCACACAGCGACUUCAGUCUGUCAUCAACUCGGCGAGUAAUCCAGCUCUGAAAAUCAGUUAGCAUUGCUCCAGCCUAGUCAGGAACUGCUGCUGUGUCUGGUGGCGUCACAGUUUCAACCUGGCUGUUAGCAUCGCAGCAACAGUGACUAUCCACCUCAGCUCAGCAGAGAACGGCUGCUGUAUCUGCCUCCUCGUUUCAAAUUAAAAGUUCUCUGCAGGUUGUGUAAAUGUUGUAGCGAUGGUCUGUCAACAAAGUCCAUGUAGUGGAAACACUAUAGUGCAUUGUUGUUAAUUUGCUGGGAUGGCAAAAUAUUCGGUAGAUAUAAUUAAUAUGUAGUAAUAGCAGUUUUGUAAUUUGCUUUUAGGCAUUUUCAUUUUUACAACAGGAAAAAAAAAUCUGUGAAAACCUGUGAAAAGUCAUGUUAGGUAUUUAAUAUUCAACUAAUUUUGGGCCAGAAAUUUCCAUGGUGAAUCACCAGCACUCACCAACCCGCCGUCAACAAAGCCUCCACCCGGACUAACCGACUAACCCUGAAGAUAUAUAAAAUAAAGUUUCGCUAGCUUAGCUAGCUAGCAGUGUUGUGUAAGGUGGUGUUUGUUUCCUCCAGGGUCUUGUGAUACAUUUUAAAUGUGGGCUGUAAAUGUUAAUUAAAUUGAAUUGUAAAUGUUAAUUGAUUGAAUUCUCCACUUUUCUUAAAGGUUUUCUUAAAAGAAUUGAACAGUGUUGAAUAAAUUCUUGCAUGACUGAAGAGAGAGAUGUUCACACUUCACUGUCCGUCUUUAGUUUGAUCUUUGGUCCGGAGCUGAUAGUGGACCUGGUUCUGUGUUUCUGUGGGACUGGUUCUGAAUUGUGUGUACAGACAGAUAUGCUCUGGUUAUUUUUCUGGAGGUAUAUUGUUUUUGCAAUAUGGACUAAACUAACAGGAUAGUAGAAACAUGGAUAUUCAUAUAUGUCUCAUGUCUGAACCUGGAUUGUGUAAUGCAUUUACAUCUGGAGCCUGAGCGAAGGAGCCCUGCCUGAUCACCCUAAAACCACCUGACACAGAACACUAAAUCUGAAUGUCACAGAAUGCACAGAAAAUCUUUAUAUGUGAACAUGAGCAUUUUGUUAUUUUUGUGUAAUGGAAUGAACAUCACAAUUCUUACAAUUGCAGAUGUUUUAAUUGAUUUACUGCUUUAUUUAUUUUAAUUUAUUUAUUGAUUUAUUUAUAAAUGGCAAAAUGAUGUCCCUUUUUGUAUAUACUGUGUAAAGAUUCAGUCUCUGUAAAGAAAUACUGUGUGGAAAAAAUCACUUUUUUUUCUCCCUCUUAUUUUAUUGCCUUAAUCCAUUGAGCCGUGUCUAUAACUGUAUUUGCAGGACAAAAGCAGUGGAGAAACUGUAACAUAACAGAAUGUCUUUUUUUUGGUUAAACACAUCCCUGGUUUGCUUCAUUUUCCACUAUUUGAGGUUUGUUUUCUGUAUUGAUAUGGGGUAUAUAAUGUACAUUGUAAAAAUGUUGGGACUGAUAUCAUGAUUAUGUAGAACAACAAUUUUCUUUUGUAAUUUUUUUAAGAAGCCAACUUUUUGAUUCAGAUCAUAAUGUGCAGUGUGCUUGAAACUUGUUUCAGAAGGACUCUCUGUCCGUUUCCAAUGUUAUUAAUCUGGCCUACAUCCAUAAUUUAUAGUUUCAGGGUGAUUUCUGUCAUAUGACUACAAGAUUGUGUACAAAAAAUAACACUAAACACUUAUUUACAUUCAUAUUAGUUAUUCUGUCAGUUUUGCUUUGCUUACCAUCACUAUCCUCCUGUAUAUAUGUAGUUGCACUCUUCACAGUUUGUGAAUUUGAAUAAAAAUGACAAAAGAUGAGUUACUCCAAA